AGACAUCUGAUCAGCUGCAAACACACACACACACACACGCACACACACACACAUACACACGCCCGGGGAGGCAGGCCGGAGAGACCUCCCUCCCGCCCCUCCCGCCCGCCUCCCUCCCCUCGCCGCCGCCGCUGCCGCCGCCGCCGCCGCCGCCGCCGCCAGCAUCUGGGACCGGCCGAUUCUGCACCUCCGUCCGGCGCUGCCCUUUGAUUCGGAUUUCCAUCUUGCAUUCUCCGGCUGAUCGCGGGACCUGGCUCGUGCAGAGGAGGGGGGCCGAUCGCUAUGGAGUAUUUCAUGGUGCCCACUCAGAAGGUGCCCUCUUUGCAACAUUUCAGGAAAACAGAGAAAGAAGUGAUAGGAGGGCUCUGUAGCCUUGCCAACAUUCCACUGACCCCGGAGACUCAGCGGGACCAGGAGCGGCGGAUUCGACGGGAGAUCGCCAACAGCAACGAGCGGAGGCGCAUGCAGAGCAUCAACGCGGGCUUUCAGUCUCUCAAGACCCUCAUCCCCCACACAGACGGAGAGAAGCUCAGCAAGGCAGCCAUUCUCCAGCAGACAGCCGAGUACAUCUUCUCCCUGGAGCAGGAGAAGACCAGGCUCUUGCAGCAGAACACACAGCUCAAGCGCUUCAUCCAGGAGCUGAGCGGCUCGUCCCCCAAGCGACGGCGGGCAGAGGACAAGGACGAAGGCAUCGGCUCUCCGGACAUCUGGGAGGACGAGAAGGCGGAGGACUUGCGGCGGGAGAUGAUUGAGCUUCGGCAGCAGCUGGACAAGGAGCGCUCCGUGCGCAUGAUGCUGGAGGAGCAGGUGCGCUCGCUGGAGGCCCACAUGUACCCAGAAAAGCUCAAGGUGAUCGCGCAGCAGGUGCAGCUGCAGCAGCAGCAGGAACAGGUGAGGCUGUUGCACCAGGAGAAGCUGGAGCGGGAGCAGCAGCACCUGCGGACCCAGCUCCUGCCCCCUCCCGCCCCCACCCACCACCCCACAGUGAUCGUGCCGGCACCGCCUCCCCCUCCCUCCCACCACAUCAACGUUGUCACCAUGGGCCCCUCCUCAGUCAUCAACUCUGUUUCCACAUCCCGGCAAAAUCUGGACACCAUCGUGCAGGCAAUCCAGCACAUCGAGGGCACCCAGGAAAAGCAGGAGUUGGAGGAGGAGCAGAGGCGAGCUGUCAUCGUGAAGCCGGUCCGAAGCUGCCCGGAGGCCGCCACCUCUGACACUGCCUCCGACUCCGAGGCCUCAGACAGUGAUGCCAUGGACCAGAGCCGGGAGGAACCCUCAGGGGACGGGGAGCUUCCCUGACUACCCCCCCAGCCCUCCUCUCCCUUCUGGGGGCUCGAGGGAGCCGGGGCAGCCACAGGGAGAGAUGAGGGUGAAUGAGUGAGAAAUUUUUACAAAAUUACGAUGUUAUUUGGGUCUCUUUUAUGACCUCUUUUUCAAUACUGUAAAUCAACCUUUGAACGAAGCCACUCAACUCGAGGUCCCAGGGCUGGGGUGGCUCAGAGCGUGUGGGAGCAUCGGGACCCCAGGGCUGGGCCUCGGCCCCGGGGGCUGGGGGAAGCUGACACGGAGGUGCCUGCCUCUCUCUGCCAAAAAGCAUUUUUUCCUUUAAACAGGUUUUUUAAGAACAGGGAAAAUCAAACAAAACACCGAGUUAUCUCUUCCCUGCCCAGAGCCAGCCUGGGAUUGUCGGUCCUCAGUCCCCUUUCCCUCCUCUUUUUGGGUUUUCUUUUCUCCUUUAAGCACUUACAUGGGUUGGGGUCACACUGGGCUGGGGCGUUCUGGGGGCCCAGGGGUCUCCGUUGCUUCUCGGUUGGGGUUUGCUGCUGCUCUGAUCCCCCCGCUCCCCAUCUCGGCACUAGAAUUCUCCACUCUCCCACCCCCAGCCUCCACCUCUGCCUCCGGUCUCAUCUUCCACCCCAAAAAUGUCUUUGUCUUUUUCUUUUUGUUUUGUUUGUUGUUGGUAUUUUUUUUUUUUUUUUUUUUUUUUGGUUUUGCUUUCUGUUUUUGUUACGUUUUUCUUUCUUUCUUUCUUUUUUUUUUUUUUUUUUACAAUUUUGAGGUCUUCAUGUUCAAGGAGAAGCUAUUAUAUUUUGUUAAGAAAGUGGGGAGAAAAAAACCAAGAGGCCACCGUGCCUUUGUAAAGAAACAAAAUAAAGUUUGUACUUUGUUUUUUA